AUGGCUGUCUAUUGUAUAAUUAGUGGACUAUUUUUAUUUAUACUUGGUUUAUUUGGGAAUAUUUUAUGUAUUAUAGUAUUUUUAAGAUCAAAACUUCGUUCACGUCUAGUAACACCCUAUUUUAUUGUAUUACUAUUAGCUGAUUCAAUUCAUUUUAGUUUUCGUUUAAUUAAAUUAUUUUAUUAUCAAAAACAUUUUUUUAAUAAUAGUUCAUGUUCAUUUAAUUUUAUUAUAGAUUUAUUUAAUUUAGUUACAAAAAAAUUAUACAUAAUUCUCAUACCAUUUAUUCAUUUUGAAACUUAUAUACGUUUUUCUUUAAUUUUAAUGGCAUUUUUUAGUGUUCAACGAUAUAUAAAUAUUAGACAAUCAAUAAUAAAAUUAAAAAUAGUUUCUAGUAAAUAUUGGUCAUAUAUUUUAAUUUUAAUUGCCUUUAUUCUUGCAUAUCUAUGUGAAUUAUUUAGUUUAACAUUAUUUUGUUCAAAAGAAAAUAAUCGUCAAUUAUCAUAUAAAUUAUUUAUGUAUACGAUUCAACAUUUAAAUGAACAAUAUACAAAACUGUUAACAUUUGCAAUGUUAAAUAAUAGUAUACAUUAUCAUUGUACUCUAUAUCAUAUAGAAAAUAUUAAAUCAAAUUUUACUAUAACAUCAAAACAUAUUUGUACUAAUGAUCAACUAUUGGAUAUUUUAGCAUAUUAUUUUAAUUUAUAUGAAUUUUCAAUUGUAAAAUUAAUUCAAAUUAUUCAUUAUCAUCAAUAUGGACAAAAAAUACAUCGAAAUGAAAUACAUUUUAUCUAUCAAACUCAUAAAUGUUUGAUGAAACAAGAAUCAGAUUGGUUUUUAAAAUAUUAUAAUUUUUUGUAUAAUAGUAAAAUUGGUCUAAAUCGAUAUACAUUACUAUUAGUAUUUGGAAAUAUUUUACCAUCAGUCAUAACGAUAAUUGGAAAUAUUUUAUGUGCUAAACAUAUAAUAACGUUCAAAAAUAAAUCUUUUUUAUCUAUGUUAUCAAAUAGACGACGUACAGACGAAAAUCGUCGUGUUCUGAUUAUAAUUACGAUUGAAUGUUUAUUAGCAAUAUUAAAUUCAUGGUUAAUCGAUGUUUUACUAAGUAUAUUCUAUUGUAAAACAAAUUUAUUUAUUGGGAACGAUUGUCCUCUAUUUAUACGAAAAUAUUAUGCUCUAACAACAAUAUUAGAUUUUUUUAAUUCAAUAACAAAUAUUUUUCUACAUGGUAUAUGUUCUAAAAUAUUUCGACAAGAACUGAGAAUAUUAUUAUGUUGUCAAACAGUUAACAAAUUAAAAAAUAAGUAUCUCAAUUCUAAUAAAUGUAUGACUAGUAAGGUAUCAUCAUAUCUACUACAAUAUCCAACAAAAUUAGUACCCUAUGAACACAAUCUUACACAAGUGAUGAUGAAAAACUGGUCACUCACAACACAAAUAUUAAUUAAAUAUCAAAUAAAUCAAUUAAAAGGAAGUUGGGUUUAG